AUGUGGCGGCCGACGGUCGACGCCUCCCAGCCGGCCUCGCACCUGCACUCCGGAGUACUGGAGUCUUGCGACCGCAGCGAGAACUGCACCGCCACGUCCGAGCUCGCCCACCAGGACCGGAUCGCCAUCAUCGGCUACCGCUACUGCUACUCGGCCAUCAGCGCCGUCGGCGUGUGCGGCAGUCUGAUGCUGCUGCUGACGCUGCGGCACGCCUGCUUCCGCUCCUCCGACGUCUACACCUACCUGCGCUGUCUGAUGCUCUCCGACUGUGCCCUGCUCGUUCUAAGCGGGGCCACCCUGCACGCAGAGUCUUGGCAGUCAACAAUCAGCUGUGAUGGCCGCAACGUGAGCGUGCGCACGCACGUCGAGGCGGCAUGGCAUAUACUUUGGUUGCCGCUGACCAACGCGCUGAUCGGGCUGAGCAUGGCCGUCACGCUCUGGAUGACGUACGACAGGUACGUGGCCGUACGUUCGCCGCGCGACCUGCUGCGGCAGCCGCGGUCGGCGCAGCGCUGCGGCGACCGUAUGCUCCGCAUCGUCGCCUCGCUGGCCGUCUCCCUCCUGCUGCAUUCGCCACUGAUUCUCGGCUACACGGUGGUGCACCACUGUCCGGACGGCAGGCACGACUUCUAUGAGCUGAAGUUGAAGGACAGCGUGGUGAGCAGCCCGCUGUGGACGUGCUACCAGUGGGUGCUGCAGUUGUUGGUCCGCUGGCUGCCGGCCACUAUCGUGCUCUUCUGUAACUGCAGCAUCAUCGUCGCCAUCUCGCGCCGCUCGCGCCGAAACCGCCGCACGCGCGCCGCUGACCAUGCUGUGUUCCGGCUGGGCGCCGACGUGCUGUCCGAAGGUGGCGGCACGUCCAGUCAGCCGCGCAGCACGCGGCUGACCUCAGAAGCGAGGUCAGUCUCCCAGGCUACCGGCGGCAGCUGCUGCAGAGAGGUGCGGCAGCGACAAAAGCGGCGCCAGGACACUGAGAACCGGCUUGAGUUCCUUCUGGCCGCCAUGGCCGUCUCCUGUCUCGUCUCCAACUGCAUGCAGUCGGUCGUCAUCAUCCUUGACAUGGCGUACGACGAAAGCCACAACUUCUACUUCCAGAUGUACCGAGCUAUUGGCAACAACGUGGAGGCGUUGCACUUCUCGCUGGAUCCCGUGUUCGCCAUCGCCUUUGUGAAGCAGAUCCGCGAGAUUGUCGUCUGCAAGCUGGGACACCUGGGCUCUACCCUGCGAUGGCUGCUUCUGAUUCCGCAGUCAGCAAGCACAGCAAAUUAG